AUGUCAUUCGACAUUGUCUACAUCCAGGGAACAGAGAUCAGAAUUAUUGGUUCCAACAAUUGUGCCUUGGCUUUGUCAGAUAAGAUUGUACAGGGUACAGUGUAUUCAUUUUCUGGUAGUGGUGGAAUACAACAUUCCAAUCAGGCAUACACUCCAUUUGAAGCAACAUGGGAGAUUCAGGCUAAGAAAGGUAUGGAGUUUACAGCCCUGGAUGAGGAUGCAACAUUCCCAAGAAUCAUCCUGGCAAAAACAAGCAUCUUAGAUGUGUGUCAGAAGGAAAGGGACUCUUUUGUCAAUGUGAAGAAGAAGAGGGGCUCAUAUAUACAGGAGCAGAUAGAGAGUGGAGUUCAGCCAAUAAUAUGUGUCAAGGGCGGAAAGGUACCAGACUACAGUGGUAAAUCACUUUCAGUAAUUGGUGUGAGCACCAUUCUUAUUGAACCGGAAACGGAAGCAGUGGCUGAUUUGAGAGAAUGGAUGACAUUGUACUACAAUGUCACUAACUUCAUACAUUUGAGCACUUCAUCAUCAAGACAGAUUGUGAGCUCCACCACUACUUUAUCAGAGAUAUCAAACAUGCAGCUAAAGGCUGCCAAUGUGGAGUUCAAGUAUGCUCUAAAGAUGUGCAUCAAGGAUAGCGGCAGUCGUGUGUGGGCCAUUGUAUUUCAAGAGGCUGCACUGGAAAUAGUGGGAAUGCCAGCAAAGGAACUAGCUACAAUACAAGAUGAGACCUAUCCUGCAUUCUCACUACAUAUCGAUGGAAAUCUGUGGGUAGUAGACAAUAUCGGUGUAGCACCAACCAAUGCAUGGUCCAUAGAUCCAUUUGGUCAUUCGUCCACUAUGGCCUUUCUUCUAAAACGGAUGGGAUUUAGGAACAUGGUCAUUCAGCGGACUCAUUACGAGGUAAAGAAGUCUCUUGCUUCCAAGAAGAGUCUAGAGUUCAUCUGGCGCCAAAAUUGGGACUCCAAAAACACUACAGAUAUUUUGUGUCAUAUGAUGCCGUUUUACUUUUAUGACAUACCUCAUACGUGUGGACCAGAACCAGCCGUCUGUUGCCAGUUUGACUUUUGGAGAAUACCAGGAUAUAGUAAUGUACUACCUUGUCCGUGGGGAAGACUUCCAGAAGCUAUCACCGACAAAAAUAUUGAAGAAAAAGCUGCCAUGCUGCUUGACCAGUACCGAAAGAAAUCAACACUGUACAAAACUAACAUGCUGCUUGUUCCCCUUGGGGAUGACUUUCGGUACUCCAGCGCAGCAGAAGCAGAGGCUCAAUUUAGUAACUAUCAAAAACUUUUUGACUUCAUCAAUGCAAAUUCGAGGAUGAAAAUGAAUGUGAAUUUUGGAACCCUUGAAGACUACUUUCGGGCACUACACGGGGCUGGUGUCACUGACUUUCCAGCUCUAUCAGGCGAUUUUUUUGCGUAUGCAGACAAAGAAGAUGACUACUGGAGUGGAUAUUACGUCACUCGUCCAUUUUACAAGGCCUUAGACAGACUCCUUGAGGAGACACUGCGGGCAGCCAACAUACUCUUCUUUUUCACACAACUAAAAUGCAAUUCGACUUUUGGUCGCUUGCUUUUGAAAGAGUUCAGACAAAACCUCGUUUUAGCUACAGAAAAUCUGGCUCUUUUCCAACACCAUGAUGGAAUUACAGGUACAGCGACUAAUCAUGUUGUUGCUGAUUAUGCAAACCGCAUGCAUAGUUCCCUUGUCGGUCUUCAAAAAUCGAUGCUUGUGAGUGUUGAAUUGCUUCUUUCCAACCAAAAGAAACAGAAUGCAAACUGGUUUGAACUGGAACAAAGUCGCUCCCAUUUUACUUUGUUACCGGUAAAGAAGGUAAUAAACCUAACAGCUAACCAUAUGCAUCGGGUGACUAUCUUCAAUCCACUUGCCAUGAUCGUGGAUCAUGUUAUGGUACUUUUAGUUGACAGCCCUCUAUUCUGUGUUUUCGAUCAAAAAAUGAGAAGUAUUAAAAGCCAAGUAGCUCCAGAAUGGACAAAGGAGUCUGUAUUUACUGGAAGGCACAGAGCUCAAUGGGAAACACAUCUUCCUGCUCUCGGGUUUGAGACGUACUUCCUGAUGGAAUCGAACAGCUACGGUUUUUGCCAGAAGGCUGUUCUAGCGACACUAACUAUUUCAGAGAAUGGCAUAGCUUGUCCAGAGCCUUAUCAGUGUACCACAUUUCCAAACUCUAAAGACAUUGAGAUCUCCACCAGGACACAAACGUUGGGUUUUGCUCAUUCUGGUUUCAUGAAAUGGAUCAAAGACUCUCAGACUCAGGAAAAAAUCAGAGUAGAGGAAGAGAUGCUUUAUUACUCUACACAAGGUGGUGCAUAUGUUUUUUCUCCUUUACGUGAGGCUGAUCCCCUUGUUGAGAAAGGUGGUUUGCUAAUAAUGGCACAGGGACCUAUCAUGGAAGAAUUGCAUCUCGUUCCAAAAAGCAAAUUUGGAGGAAAGCCCAUUAUGAGAUCAGCAAGAAUUUUUAAAAUGACAAGUAUUGUGGAAAUGGAGUACUAUGUUGAGCUCACUGGAAGAGUUUUUGACAACAAAGAGCCAAUUGUCUAUUUGGGAAAGGCUGAAGCUUUUGAAAACUCAGAGGCAAAUGGGCCCGUUGGCUCUUUGGUGUUAGUGCAAAAGGAAUUUCCUUGCGAUGUUCACCUUGUCAAUUUGAAGUCACUUAAAUCGUCUCAUGAGAGAUCUGAUGUUCUGCAGUACGGACUGACCCUCUAUCGCAGUGGAUGGGACAGAUCGUAUGAGAAAAACGGAUGCAAAGCUUAUGAUGAACAGGGUCUGAAUCUUUUCGAUAUAUUUCAGCCAGUCCAGGUUCAGAAUAUUGUUCAGUCGAGCAUCAAUUUUGUCCACGACUCCAUACAGGUUGGUUAUAUAGAACAGGCCCCCAGAAUGGAAAGAGCAGGACCUGGGAAAAGGAAAGGUUUUAUUGAUCUAAAUCCAAUGGAGCUGCAAGCUUUUAAGUUUUCAGCAGUAAAGCAUGAUGCCACCAUAUCUGAGUAA